AUGUGGCCCCCUGAUCUUGGGCCUCCAGACGUCCAGCUAACUCUUCCUGGUUUUGGAAGUGUGUUUGAGGAUGCUGAGGACCUUCAAGCACCGCUGUCUUCUGGUGGCUUUUGUCAGUCCUCCAUACAUUCAGGUGGCCUGGGCGUGUGCUGUCUUCCAAGGACAUCCUUGUCCCUGUCCUCACUGGGCCGGGACCUCACUUCUCUGCUCAGCUGUAAGACAGCUGGAUCCCACAUAGAAAAGACUAUGGAGGACUUUGCCACCACUGCACACACAGAUCCCAAAAACAACACCCAGAGGUUCAGUUGUUACCCCCAACCCUCCCUCCCUUUAUCGUAUAUGCUCACCAGCUGUGCCACAUCGUCUCCGUUUGGCUCUCCACCAUCCUCUCUUUCCUCCUCCUCCUCCUCCUCAACUUUAUUUUUUGCUUCUUCCUUGCCUCCUUCUGAUGCACCUGAUAGCAACAAGACUCCUAAUCUACAAGGAAAGGUUCAGGAAGAGUAUCACUCAAUAAAACAAGAGCCUGCAGAUGAUUUUUCGCCCUGUAAGAGGGAAACGUUUCAAAUCAACAACCAGCAGGGGGAGCUGUUCCAUGUUGGCCAGCCCCUCCAAGGUCAGGCCAGCACCCCGCUUCAUUUCCCAAGGCUUAAUGGACCUGUAGGCCAGGACCCCACAGUGGACCAACUGGACCAGCCCUGUCACUGGAUUGACUGUAGUGCCACUUACAGCAGCCAGGAGGAGCUGGUGAGGCACAUCGAGAAGGUGCACAUCGACCAGCGCAAAGGGGAAGAGUUUUCCUGUUUCUGGGCCGGCUGCGUGCGACGUCACAAACCCUUCAACGCUCGCUACAAGCUGCUCAUUCACAUGAGGGUCCACUCUGGGGAAAAACCCAAUAAAUGCAUGUUUGAGGGCUGCACCAAGGCGUUCUCACGUCUAGAGAACCUGAAGAUCCACCUAAGGAGCCACACGGGAGAGAAACCCUACAUCUGCCAGCAUCCUGGCUGCCUCAAGGCCUUCAGCAACUCCAGCGACCGGGCCAAACACCAGCGCACACAUCUGGACACGAAGCCAUACGCCUGUCAGAUCCCAGGAUGCACCAAACGUUACACCGAUCCCAGCUCGUUACGAAAGCACGUCAAAGCUCAUUCUGCCAAAGGCCUUCAGGAGAGGGAGGUCAAGGUUCAGGUGCACACAAUGUUGGAAUCGGAAAUUUUGAGUGAUUGUCUGGCGAGGCAGCAUCUCCACCAAGGAAACGGCUCACCUCUUCCCAGCUUAGAUGACUUCACAGGUGUGUACUCAAACAGCUGCUCCAUCCACAACAGGGAAAAUUCAGAGUUUCUCCCUCCAUCAGCAGACACCUGCUCCAGGUAUCGAGGUUUGGAAGGAAACUUUGACGCCAACAGCCCAAUAUCUUCACUAACAAGUGCAGGGAGCAUGAGAGAGGGGAACAGACCAACAUCGUUGUUCAUGUCUGCUGACGUCAGCCCAGCGAGCUCCUCAUCAGACAGAGUGGACGUCCAGCUGCAGGGUUACCACAAAACCUACAGCCACCAACAAGUAUUCACACAGCAGCAAGGAUGUCUGUACGGAGAAGGGAAAGUGGUUCAGCCAGUCAAUGAUGGAGGCUUUGAACCUGCCAGUUACUUCACAACUCCGUCCGCCUCUCACUCUACAGGGUUCGACUUGCUGCAGGACCUGCAGGGCCAGGCGGGAGGCGGUUACUCCAUGUCUCCAUGCUCAGACGACAGCUUCCUCUUCCAGGCAGGAGGUGUCGACCGCUGCCUCAACCAGAUCUACUCCAUCUACCUGGACUCAUGAUGGGCCACCCAAAACCAAAGAAGAAAAAAACUGCUCCAGAAUCACUUUGUUUUCCUAAGGAUGAACAAUAGCAUGUAAAUGUGUGGCAGCAGACAAUCAUAACAACAGUGUACUGUUUGUUCAAGGCUGAAGUUCUUGUUUUGGACAGACAUAAAUAAUAUGUCAAAGGGUACAAACCAAAGAGCAAAAUUAACCAGAGACAGAGCUACAGCCAGUCAAAUUCUAAAUGUGAAUAGCAGUGACUUUUUUAUUCAGAGAUGACCACAGUAUUUGUGAUCUGGAUAGGAUGAGCUAUGAGCCUCUUUUUGGUAAUUUGAUGUGUAGGAAAGUCAGGUAGCUGGUGCUCUGGCUCUGCGAGUGAUGUUAACUAAACCAGUGAGAUUCAUUCUGCCUCCAUGAAAUAUUAAAAAAAAAAACAUUUGUCAGGACGGGAUCUUAUGAUGUCGUGGUUCCCAACCCAGGGUCAAUAAAUAAAUCUGCUGGGGUCAAAAGAUGAUUAAGAAGAUAACAAAUAACAAAAUAACACAGUUCUGCUUUAGAAAUUAUUCUAAUUUUUGUUUGACUUUUCUGUAAUUGUUGCUUUUUUUGUCAUUUCAAGGUAUCAUUAGCCAAAAAACGUUGGGAACCAUUAUGUUAUAAUGGAUGAUGGGCUGGUUUUAAGCAGUCCGAGCAAUAGAGCAAAGAAUAGCUCAACAUUCUGGGAGAUAUGCUUGUUUGUUUCCUCGCUGUGAGUUAGAGGAGAAGGUUGAUAUCACUCUCAUGUCUGUGUGCUAAAAUGUAGCCACAGCCAAGUUAUGUUAGCUUACCAGUUUGCCUACCAGUAACUCUAAAGCCCAAUUAUAUCAGGACUAUUUCUUGACUGUGAUGACUAGUGGCAUAAGGUAGUUACAACGGGCUCCAGUGCACGCUACCAUACACUUAUCGUCUUGUCACGUGGUCAGAAACUUGACAUUGGAUAACAUUAACAUACAUAUUUCCCAGCAAUCAUCAUUGUGUAUCUGUAUAUUACAAAAAAUACCAAAGAAAAGAGACAUUUUUAAUUUAAUUUAACAAUUUGUAAUAGUUUGUUAUAGUUUACUUGGAAUAAGCGUAUCAUUUUAUUAUAGAUCCUACUGACUAUUUUACAAAUAAAAAAAAAAAACAUGACAGAGAUGGCUUUGCCUUCUUCAAGAGCAUAUAAUAGCACUGUUGUUAAUUUAAUGAGAGUUCUUUGAAAACAGGCAUAUUUCCAAG